AUGGACGGGCUUAACAACCAAAACAGGCCUAAUGAUCUGGACGGGUCUGACAACUCUGAUAAGAAUGACUAUCUAAACGGACGAGCCUACAAUUCGGACAAGAUUAAUGACCUAAACAAGAAUUACAACCCUAAUGGACCCAACGACCCGGAUGGGCCCGACGACCUGGACGAGCCCGACGAUCAAGAUGAGCCAAACUAUUCAAAUCGACCGGAGGAGCCAAACGACCCGGAGAAGCAUUACAGUUCGGAUGGGCCCGUUCACGUCGUAGGCUCCGUCAAGGUCGUAUGGCUCGUUCGGGUUGUUGAGACUGUUUGGGUUGUUUUGGUCAUCAAGUCCGUCCACGUUGUAUGGGUCGUCGAGCCCGUCCAAGUUGUCCGGAUCGUCAGUCUCGUAUGGGUCGUUCAGGUCAUCUGGGAUUGUCCGAUUCGUCAGGCUCGUCUGAAUUUAAGUGAGUUCGAAAGUUCUGGCGUAACAUUUAAUGACCCUGAAGUUAAACUGCAUAUAGAAAAGAAGCAGAUCACAGUGCAAAAUGGCAUCAUUCGUGUAACUUUCUCAAAUCCAGAGGGCACUAUCCUUGGAAUAUCAUAUAAUGGAAUAAACAAUGUGCUUGAAGGUCGCAAUAACUUCAAUAACAGAGGGUAUUUUGACAUUGUCUGGAAUUCACCAGGAGCCCCUUCAAAACUUUGGGGAAUUCAAGGGAAUAGAUUUUCAGUUAUAGAGGCCAACGAGAAUGAAAUAGAACUUUCGUUUUCCAGAACGUGGAACAAGGACGACUCAAGUCCACCCUUAAACAUAGACAAAAGAUACAUUUUACGAAGAGGUAGUUCAGGAUUAUACAUAUACGCUAUAUUUGAGCAUCCUGAAGAUUUUCCUGCAAUGGAGAUUGAUCACAUUAGGAUUGUUUUCAAGCUGCAGAAGGACAGGUUCCGGUACAUGGCUAUAGCAGAUGAUAGGCAGCGACUGAUGCCAACAGCAGAAGAUAGAUCUACAGGGCAACGCCUUGAUUACGAUGAAGCUGCUCUGAUCACCAAUCCUAGUAACCCUCAACUUCAAGGAGAGGUUGAUGACAAAUAUCAGUACUCUUGUGAGAACAAAGACAAUAAAGUUCAUGGGUGGAUUAACUUGGACUCCAAGACCAAUAAGUCAGUGGGCUUCUGGAUGAUCACACCAACUAAUGAGUUUCGUAGUGGUGGCCCAACUAGGCAAGGCCUUACUUCUCACGUUGGCCCUGUCACCCUUAAUAUACUCCAUACCACUCACUACUCUGGGAAGGAAGUAACCAUGACAUUGCACGAAGGGGACCCCUUCAAGAAAGUUUAUGGUCCCGUUUUUGUAUAUCUCAACUCGGUUUCUAGGGUUCAUGAUUCAGAAAAAGUCCUCUGGAGUGAUGCCGUACAACAGCUAUCAGAGGAAAUCACUAGAUGGCCUUAUGAUUUCCCUAAAUCAGAGGAUUUUGUCCCUACAAAUAAAAGGGGGAGAGUGGAAGGAGAAUUACUCGUUCAAGACAGACACAUUAAAGGAGGGAAAUUUUUGUAUGGCCAAAAUGCCUACAUUGGUUUGGCUCUUCCUGGAGAUGUGGGAUCAUGGCAGAGACAAAGCAAGGGUUACCAAUUCUGGACUCGAGCUGAUAAACUUGGCCACUUCACAAUUGCAAAUAUUGUUCCAGGGGACUACAAUUUAUAUGCAUGGAUUCCUGGUAUUUUUGGAGACUAUAAAUAUAACACUACCAUAACCAUAACACCAGGAUCUAUCAUCCAAUUGGGUUCACUCAUAUACAAUCCUCCGAGAAAUGGACCAACCGUAUGGGAAAUUGGAAUCCCAGAUCGCUCUGCUGCAGAGUUCCACGUUCCAAAUCCUUAUCCUAACCUCAUAAACCGAUUAUACAUUGGAAAACCAUUACACAAUUUUAGACAAUAUGGAAUAUGGAAGCGUUACAACGAGUUAUAUCCAAAUGAGGACCUCACUUACACUGUUGGUGUGAGUGAUUAUAGUAAAGACUGGUUUUAUGCCCAGGUUCCCAGGAACAUAGGAAACAACACAUUUCAUCCAACAGUAUGGGAGAUUAAAUUCCAUCUCCCAUUUGUCAUGAGAGGCAUCUACACUCUGCGACUUGCAUUGGCCUCAGCUACACGUUCUAACUUGAUGGUUAGGUUUAACAACCCUGUGGCUCGUCCUCCACACUUUUCUACGGGAGUAAUUGGUCAAGAUAAUGCAGUAGCGAGACAUGGCAUCCAUGGAUUGUAUUGGGCUUAUAGUAUUGAAGUAGAAAGCAAUGUGUUGGUGGAAGGAAGCAACAUCAUGUAUCUGAGGCAAGCAAAAUGUACGAGUCCUUUUCAAGGCAUUAUGUAUGACUACAUCCGUUUGGAAAGACCAGAAACAUAAAAGGACUUAAUGGAACCGAAGAUCUAGUUAAACUCAAUUCAACGUUGUUUUAUUAACACACACAAUGUGUCUUUUCUUGUACCUUAGACCGAAAGAGGUGUUGCUAUGAAGCACCCCCUUAGUACGCCAUGUGUGUAUUUAUUAUAUGAGUCUGUAUAAGCUUACUUUAACAAAGGUGUUUGUUUUAAUAAA